AUGUCUCUGCAAACACCAAGUGACCUGCCCGUGCAGGUCAUCGUGCCCAACGACACCAACCCAUCGGGGCCCCCGCUACUCUCUGCCGAACGUCGCGUCACACCGUCGUGGACCGUCGCGCAAUUCAAGGCCAAGCUCGAGCCCAUCACAGGAAUCCCGGCGUCCAGCCAAUCUCUGCGUACUCGGUCCUUGCUCGACGAUACGUGGAUUCAAAUCGACAAUGACGCCGACCUGCUCUCCACUCCACGCUACGGGCUGAAGAGGGGUUCGGAGAUCCAAGUGAUCGACCUGCGUCCCCGGCACGAGCGGCAGAACCUGAACUUCCUCGCGGCCGAUCUGAGCUCGGUCGAGAAGUACCAGAUGCCCGAGGACCGGUACGAGAAACUCGAGGACUCGGUGCUCGCGUGGAAACGGCGGCAGAAGCUCGGGCGCUUCGACCCGCACGCCAAGUCGCAGGACCAGGUCGUGCAGGAGCGGCGGAAGAAGGACGAGGCCGAGAUGGCGGCCCGGGGGAUCCGGACGGGCCUGCGGUGUCGCGUGGCCAAGGACGACGGCAAGAGAGGCGUCGUCAGGUUCACGGGGGAGGUCCCGGGUCUGGGUGGCCAGAGGGAGGAAGGGUGUCUCUGGGUCGGCGUCGAGCUGGACGAGCCCGUGGGCAGAAAUGACGGGAGUGUGCCCACAAGGAGGGUGUUUGAAUGCCGACCAAAGUACGGCGUGUUGGCGAGGCCGGAGAAGGUCGAAGUGGGCGACUUUCCGCCUCUGGAUGAUUUGAUGGACGAGGAUAUGGAAGAGAUUUGA